CCGGCCUGAGUUGCGCCCGGGUGGCUGCGCGUCCGCGCAAGAGCCGCCCCUUCUCCGGCGCAAAACCGGCCGCGCGGAGGUCUCUUGGCUGGUGGGCGUCGCGAUUGGCUCUCGGACCUGCGAGCAGCUGCGCGCCCAUUGGCUGCCGGGCUUCCUUUGUUCCUUUCGCCGCUGCCGCAGGAGAGCGGAAGUUUGAGCGCACUCGCUUGCAGCUGGAGCUGCCCGGGGCGAGCGAGCGAGCGAGCGAAGUGAGCCUCCCUGCGCUCAUUUCCUUUCUAACCACAUCCGACUGUCAGGGAGCAACAGCAGGAGGGAGGAGGAGGAGGAAGGAAGGAAGGCGUUUGUUCUCUGAGUGUUUCCCUCGCCCCGAAUCUUGCGUGUGCGCGCUGGGGAUCCAACAUGGAUCUGGAAAGCAAGAUCAAGAAGAUGGGCUUAGGACAUGAAGAAGGAUCUGGAGCCCCUUGCUUGAAGUGCAAAGACAAGUGUGAAGGAUUUGAGCUACAUUUCUGGAGGAAAAUAUGUCGAAACUGCAAGUGUGGGCAGGAGGAGCACGAUGUUCCCACUAGUAACGAGGACGACCGCAAAGUGGGGAAGCUCUUUGAGGAUACAAAAUAUACAACCCUCAUUGCAAAGCUGAAAUCGGAUGGGAUCCCUAUGUACAAGCGGAACGUUAUGAUACUGACUAAUCCAGUGGCUGCCAAGAAGAACGUGUCCAUCAAUACUGUGACUUACGAAUGGGCACCUCCCGUUCAGAAUCAAACCCUGGCAAGACACUAUAUGCAGAUGCUUCCCAAGGAAAAGCAGCCCGUGGCUGGCUCGGAAGGUGCUCAGUACAGAAAGAAGCAGUUGGCCAAGCAGCUGCCCGCACACGAUCAGGAUCCGUCCAGAUGCCACGAGCUGAGUCCUAAUGAGGUGAAGCAGAUGGAGCAGUUUGUGAAGAAAUACAAGAACGAGGCGCUCGGGGUGGGAGAUGUCAAGCUGCCCAGCGAAGUGGAAGGCAAAGCUGCCGGCAAGGAUGUCCCGACUAAUGGGGAGAGAGGCACCUCGGCCACCGUAGGAGCCAUGGAAGACAAAGUGGCUGGUCAAAAGGCACCCCAAUAUUACUGCUUCCGGUGCAAACUGAGCAUGAAGGAAGGGGACCCGGCUGUCUACGCCGAGCGGGCCGGCUACGACAAACUCUGGCAUCCAGCUUGUUUUGUCUGCUGCACCUGCAGCGAGCUCCUUGUGGAUAUGAUCUACUUCUGGAAGAAUGGGAAGCUGUACUGUGGCCGACACUACUGUGACAGCGAGAAGCCCCGCUGCGCUGGCUGCGACGAGCUUAUAUUCAGCAAUGAGUACACCCAGGCAGAAGGUCAAAGCUGGCAUCUGAAACACUUCUGCUGCUUUGACUGCGACUGUGUCUUGGCUGGGGAGAUCUACGUCAUGGUAAACGACAAGCCUGUCUGCAAACCGUGCUACGUGAAGAAUCAUGCCGUGGUCUGCCAGGGUUGCCACAACGCUAUCGACCCCGAAGUUCAACGUGUGAGUUACAACAAUUUCAACUGGCAUGCCACCACAGAGUGCUUUCUGUGCUCCUGUUGCAGCAAGUGUCUCAUUGGCCAGAAGUUUAUGCCAGUAGAAGGAAUGGUUUUCUGCUCGGUGGAAUGUAAGAAAAAGAUGAUGUCCUAAUGGGAAGAGAACCCGGAUCAAGCCAAGUUUUGCUUUACUUCAGAACCCUCUGCAUUUCUACUGUAUUGGGGCGUUUUUAAAAACAAAAUUGAACGUAUUAAAUGGCAAAUUCCAAAGAUUUUUUUUUAACAUUUCUAACUUGAUAGCUUUUGAUUAAGUACUUCCAGCACUUCUGUAUUCUUACUACUUUGUUACUACUUGUUGCAAAUGUUCCUCACAUAUAGGGAGCCUGAUAUUCCUGAUGUAUUUCAAAGACUAGAUGAGGCAUCCCCAAACUGCGCCCCUCCAGAUGUUUUGGCCUAUAACUCCCAUGAUCCCUAGCUAACAGGACCAGUGGUCGGGAAAGAUGGGAAUUGUAGUCUAAAACAUCUGGAGGGCCGAAGUUUUGGGGAUGCCUGGACUAGAUGCUCUCAAGUCUUCUUUUAUACACAUUUUAAAACAAACUAUGUAAAAAUAAAACAACAACUUGGUAUGUUGUAAAUCAGUGUUUCCCAGACUGGGGUCUCCUGCUGUUUUUGAACUACAAUUCCCAUAAUCCCUGACCACUGUUCCUGCUAGCUAAGGAUGAUGGGAGUUGUAGUCCAAAAAGAGCUGGAGACCCAAGUUUGGGAAACACUGUUGUAAAUGUUAUACCAUACUCCAGAUGUUGCUGGACUACAACUCCCUUCAUCCCUGACCAUUGGCUAUGCUGUCUGGAGCUGAUGGGAGUUGGGGGUCUAGCAACAAAUAGAAGGCCACAUGUUUUGGGUUCUACCAUUACAAAAAAAUCUCCCAGAACAAAUACCACAAUAUUUGGUGGGAAUGCUAAGCUAGAAUCCUUUUCCUGGACAUGCUUGCUUCAUAUCUGAGGUGAGAUUUUGAAUGUGUGGAGUGGCAUUCAAACAUUUGAAUUCCUCACUUUCAGUCUGAAGCAUUACACACAGAUCAUAUCUGUUGGCCUGCUGAUUCUGUACAGCAGCCCUCAAACAUAAUUAGGCUGAAAUAAAAAAAAAUUUAAGCCUUCCUACUUCCACUGAGCAUCUUGCACAAAUGCCCCAAAGCUUUGGCUCCAACCUUUAAUAUUUGCAUUAAAACACUUUCCCUUCUUUGUUAGGUUUAAACUUUUUGGGUUUUUUUAUUUAAAAAAGCAGCGGUGGACUUUUUGGUGCUUAGAAUGUGACUUGCUUUCUAUUAAUCUGAAGUUUUGUGCCUCUUUCUCUGUCCUCUUCCAAUCAGGCUUGUUAUCAUAUUGUUAUAUUUUGUCUCUUCAUUUUAUGUAUUGUCCAGAAUUAUAGGCAAUAGGAAAGAUUUAAAUUUGCCCAUGCCUCUGCACAUGAAUGAGAUUUUUAAUACAGGGAAGCUACACCUGGAGGCCACAAGUUGUCAACCCCUGGUGUAAACAGUAUAUAGGCUAAUGGGUCUGAUUUUGUAUAAGGCAGCUUGCAAGCUAGUUAUUGUGAUGCUGAAAUUUCUUUAUGACGAAUGUAAGAAGGUACAUAGCGAAGGAAUGUGGGCUCUUGGCUUUGUAAACUAUGCAAACCCUUUCCAUUCAACCCUUCUAAGACUAAACAAACGUGUAAACUUAUAUUCAUGCUCUCAAAUAAAACUUUCACCAAACCA